AUGCUCGGACAACACGUCAUCAGUGUCGUCGCCAUCUUUGCCGCGUUGACCAGUGGACAGACUUUGGUCAGCGUACUCGAGGACAACGGUUUCUCUGAAUAUGCAGCUCUGAUUCAGGGAGAUCCCUCCAUCGAGGCGGCUUCAGACCUUAUCGUAUACGCUCCCACGGACGCCGCCCUCGUGGCCAACAAUGAGACCCUCAACCGUCGCGUUACGGCUGAAGGCCGCAAAAAUAUCAGGGCGAGCCUCGCUUGCGUGAGGCGCUCUGCCUUUCGGCCCCGGCCGCCCCCUAAGAGGGCACAAACGUGGGGCAACAGUACGAGGCCCGUCAGAUACAGGAAGGAGGUUCCUUCUGGAUCCGCCUUCAUGUCCUUGCUGAGCGACCCGGAAUUUGUCAACUUGGGACCGGGAGUCAACCAAAGCAUCGUCGAGAAACACCCGGGUUCUUCGGAGUUACCUGUCGUAUUCUCCGGCCUGGGAGAAACCAUUAAAGUUACAGGCAAUGACAUUGCAUUUGACCGGGGCGUCAUCCGUCCCACCGAUGGACUCCCUACCCUGCCCGAGACCGCUUCCAAGACGCUCCCCUUCCUUGGCGUCAGCACCUUCUUCGACGCGCUCAACCAGACGGGCGUCCUCGCCGAGCUGGACACACGUCGCGGCCCCAUCACGAUCCUCGCCCCGGACGACAACGCCUUCAAGGGCAAGGCCUUCACCCACGACCAGCUCACCGCCCUCGUCCGACGGCACGUCCUGGUCGACUACUUUGCCUACACCCCGCUGCUCGAGGACCACCAAGUCUAUCCCACGCUGGGCGGCGGCGAGGUUGUGGUCGCGGUCAAUAACAAGGGCGCCGCCUCCCUGGGCGGCGCUGGCAUCCUGGCUGGGGAUGCCAUCAUAACCAACGGGGUGGUACACACCAUUGACAAGAUUAUCGACGCGGCGGGCUCGCCCCCUCCUCUUGUCACGGGCGGCGCAAACAGCAUGACGGGACAGUCCUGGAAAGCUCUGGUCGCCAGUGCUGUGGGAGUCGUGCUGGCUGCGGGAUUCCUGGCUUGA